UAGAAUUACAGUAUAUUAGAAAAAAACGUGAUUGAAAGUUUUCUGUUUUGCCAUUGAAACCUAUGGGGAUGGGUGGAGUUACACAGCUUUCUGCAGCCGAACAGCAGGGGGCGCCCGACCUGUGGUGGCUUCACUUUUAAGAGACGAUGCUCUGUCCAGCUAUAUACAGUCUAUGGUUUUGAGUAACAUGCUGUUAAACUUAGGAAACACGAAUAGUUGCUAGGGGUGUGUGUGUGUGUGUGUGGUUAGUGUCAGAUUUCAACAGACAUUCCAGUUUCACUUCCUGAAACAGAGCAGCGACACACACACACACACACACACACACACACACACACACACACACACUGUGAGAGGCAGUGAUCGAGUGUUGGGUUUUUAUGAGUUUCUCUACAGUUUUACUUUCAGUUCAUUAAACGAUCUUCACCAGCAACACCAGCAUGACUGAACUGGAGAUACUGGCGAUACUGGGGACACUCUUCAGCUGACAGACGGUCCACUUGUGUGUGUGUGUUUGUGUGUGUGUGUGUGUGUGUGUGUGUGUGUGUGUGAGAUGGACGGGGCUCGAGCUCUGAAGUUACUGACCCUCCACCGCGAGGUUCUGGUGGAGCGCGUGAGGAACACACAGUGUGUGCUAGAUAACCUGCAGAACCAGGGAUUCAUCUGUACCGAGGACCUGGAGAUCAUCCAGCACACCAACACCAGAACCCAGCAGGUUCGUAAAAUCCUGGAGCUGGUCCAGAGUAAAGGAGAAGAAGCUUGUGCGUAUUUUAUUCACAUUCUCCACGAGGCGUACGAUGCGUACAUCGACCUCCGGCCGUGGUUCCAGAGUAUCCAGUAUGAACCCGCCGACUCGGUCAGAGCCUUACCGGUGAUCAACACCGACCCGAUCAGCAGAUACAGCGAGAAGCUGAGGCAGGAGCUCGGGAGAGACACUCGCUUCCUCACCUCGUAUGCCCAGCGGGAGGAAACCCUUCUGGAGGACCUUUACACCAACACACAGAUGGAGCUACUAAACGACCGAGGCGAGAGCUUGGGCUACCUAGAAUGUGUGGAGGACAUCCUCGGAGAGCAAGGUGUCUUCAACAAGGAGGCAGAGACUAUCUUUAUCACGGGGGACGCUGGUGUAGGCAAGUCCGUUCUGCUCCAGAAACUUCAGAACCUGUGGUCAAAAAGGGAGUUAAACACUGGAGCAAAGUUCUUCUUCAAGUUUCGGUGCAGGAUGUUCAGCACCUUUAAGGAUACGGAUGAGAUCUCCGUGAAGGAUCUGAUCUUCAAACACAACUGCUAUCCAGACUUGGAUCCAGACAACGAGGUCUUCGGUUACAUCCUGCGGUUUCCGGAGACCGUCCUUUUCACGUUCGAUGGAUACGAUGAAAUCCAGAUGGACUUUGAUACGGAGAACGUACCAGAAGUGGUUUCACCCGAGGAGAAAACCCACCCACUUCUCGUUCUCAUGAACUUGCUUAGCGGUAAGCUUCUGAAAGGUUCCCGCAAGAUUCUGACCGCUCGAACCGGCACAGAGGUUCAGAGCAGGAUUAUUGGGAAGAAGGUUGUACUUCGGGGUUUCUCCCCGGACCACCUCAAAAGUUACCUGGCUUUGCAUUUUCCUACAAACGAACACAGGGAAGUAGUGUCUGUGCAGCUGGAGGCUAACCCUCACCUGUGCGGUCUUUGCUCCAUCCCCCUGUUCAGUUGGAUCAUAUUCAAGAGUUUCAAGCACCUUCAGUCGGUGUAUGACAAUUUUGAGCUUCCAGAAUCUUGCAUCACGCUCACAAAUGUGUUCCUCCUGCUCUCAGAAGUGUUCCUGGGUCACAUCACCAAAAGGCCAGGUCUCCUGAAGAGGAGCACCAGGUGCACUUCGGACACCUUUAAAUCCGGCCUGAAGAUGCUGUCUGCAUUUGCUAAGCUGGCUCUUCUGGGCAUGGAAAAGGGCAGCUUCAUUUGCAGCCAGGAGGAGGUGACGUCCUGUGGGCUGAGCGAAGACAGCCUUCAGAUUGGAUUUCUGCGACCGGUCAGUCACUACGAUGCUUGCGGAGGUGCUGCAACCUUCGAGUUUCUCCACGUGACCCUGCAGGCGUUCCUGACAGCCUUCUCACUGGUGCUGGACUCUGAGGUGAGUCCCGAAGAAAUCCUGAAGUUCUUCGCUAAGUGUGAGUACAAGAAGUCGUCUCGUUUCUCCUGUGUCUCCUGUCUGUGUACGCCUUCGCGUGCCAGAGAUACGGACCCGUUUAUGACCAAUGAACACUUUCAAUUUACAAACCUCUUCCUGUGCGGACUUCUGUCCAAACCCAACGCCGCUCUCCUGGAGCACCUCGUACCACCACUCGACCUGAAGAAGAAACGCCGGGCCCUGAAAUCCUACCUGUCCAGCAGUGUGAGGAUCCAUCUCAGGGGUCUUCCUCGGUAUCCUAGCACUGAUAUCCAGGGCAGCAAGGUUCAUGUAAUGCCCAACUUCCUGUGGAUCCUCCGGUGCAUCUUUGAGACCCACAGCGAGGACGUGGCUCGGCUUACGGCCAAAGGCAUCUCUGCGGAUUACAUCAAGCUAGCCUACUGUAACAUCUACUCGGCCGACUGCAGUGCCCUGAACUUUGUGCUGCAUCACCACAGGAAGUCUUUGGGAGUCGACUUGGACAAUAAUAACAUUAGUGACUAUGGAGUGAAGCAGCUGGUACCUUCCUUUAGCAAAAUGACAGUGGUAAGGUUUUGUGUGAAUCAGCUGACAGACAGCAGCAUCGAGGUUUUGUCCAGGGAGCUCAUCCGCUACAAAAUCGUCAGGGUUCUGGGACUCUACAAGAAUCACAUCACAGACGCUGGAGCCAAACUGGUGGCACAGAUCAUCGAGGAGUGUCCUCAUAUCAUGACUGUAAAGAUGGGCUGUAAUCACAUCACCGCAGUGGGCGGCAGGUUCCUCGCUGAAGCCAUUAAAAAAAGCAAGUCUAUCUUUGAUGUUGGGAUGUGGGGGAACAGUAUUGGGGAUGAAGGUGCAGAAGCGUUCGCUGAAGCUCUGAAGAAUCACCCAAAACUCACCAACCUCAGUCUGUCGGCGAAUGGGAUCUCGUCUGAGGGUGGGCGGAGUUUAGCUCGAGCGCUAAAGGAGAACUCCAGUCUUCAUAUCUUCUGGUUGAUUCAGAACAGUAUUUCUGAUGAUGCGGCGUCGGAGCUGCAGGAAGCUCUGAGGAGGAACACGGCGCUGACGCACCUCAUAUUAAUAGAUAAUAAGCUGAGCGCUCGUGGAGCCCAGAUGCUGGCGGAAGGUCUGGCCAACAACACAUCUAUCAAAGAAAUCAAUAUAUCGGGGAAUCAGGUGUGUGUGGAGGAGGAGCCGCUGUUCCAGAGCGAGAAGAGGCUUCGCUUUCACUGAACCACACACACACACACACACACACACACACACACACACACACACACACACACACACCACACACACACACACA